AUGCGUUACGCAGCGGCCUACGUUCUUGCAGUUCUUGCUGGCAAUUCAAAUCCAGAUGUAGCAACUGUAUCAAAAAUUCUUGGCAGUGUUGGUAUCGAUUGUGACAAUACAAAAGCACAAAAAGUAAUCAAUGCAUGCAAAGGAAAAAAUGUCGACGAAAUUAUUGCUGAAGGUACCAAGAAACUAUCAAGUUUACCUGCUGCCGGUCCUGCAGUAGCUAGUGGAAGUGCUGGUGCAGCACCCGCAGCAGCCGAUGCCAAGAAAGCAGCAGCUAAAGAAGAACCCAAGAAGGAAGAGAAGAAGAAAGAAGAAUCCGACGAGGAAGGAGAUGAUAUGGGUUUCGGUUUAUUUGAUUAA